AGUUAACAGACGCCAUCUUGUUAUCCUAGGAGAGGAGACGGUUAUCUUUCGGACGACAUACAGCAUGUUGCCUUUUGCAAUUGUUGAUUUUGAAAAUGGUGGAGGAUUGGCAGUGAUUCCAACCAAAUGGUUUAUCGGGCCUGAGGAGGAUGAAUGCUACUGGCCACCAGCAAGAGUUAAAAUUGCAAAGGCGGUCAUAGAGCAAGAGGACCCACACUCUGACUGGGUAACCUACAAGUUGACUGUCAAGAGAAAAGCAGAGAACAUGGGAAGGGGGAAGCGCAAAAAGAGGUCUAGGAGAGUGAUUCUGUCCAGCGAGGAAGAAGAUGAUGAUAGCCCUACACCUCCACUACCUCCAUCCACCCACAGGUCAGCCAUUUUACCACCCGAAACCCCGCAAAUGCAAAUAAGGGACAACAUCCUUGUUCGCAUCCUGACAGUCCUUGAGGAACUCAAAGAAGACAAUCGAGUCACUAGAAGGAUGCUACAAACCAUGGCACAGCGUGGCAGCAGUGGUGACAUCCUUUCUUUCAUCCCAGAUGGUUUCCACCUAAAGACAGUUAGGGAGGUCGAAGUAAUGGAGGAAAAACUGUCUGACCCAAGCUUCAUGUCUGAACUGGUCACAGCAGUGGCAGACAUUGGAGGGAGCACUGUGGAUGAGGCCACAAGACGCAUGAUGGUCUUCAUCAUGGACCAUGACCUGUCAAGGCAGUAUGACUUUGUGGGCCGGAAUGGAAAGCGGGAAUUCAGGACUUUAAAGCUGUUUGAAGUCAUAUUUGGAGCUUUAAAGAAGAACACCUUAACCAGCGAGAUCACCAGGAAUUAUGUGAAGAUGGCAGUUUAGAAAUGGCUGAUCGGAUCAAGGGACAGGGGAGGCAAUAGACAGGCCAGACAGGACCCUCCUUCUCCCACUAGAUCCACUUCUUGCUCAGCGGAAGAAAAUUUGUUAUGGGACCUUCUUUUUUUUCCUGUUCCAUUUUUUUUCUUGAUUGUAGUGACUACUUGUCUAUGAAAAAACUUAAAAGUAAACAAACAAAAAAUAAAUUUAAAUCAAAUAGUCUCUUGAUGAAUAGUGGGUUUCUGGUUUUACGCAGUACAAAAAAUUCUCAAAAUACGUCGAAAUGCAGUUCCGUGAGUUUAUUCCAGGUUUCUUCAGGAAAAAAUAAACUUGAUACAAACUGAAAAACUACUUGCCACCUCUCCUGCCCUGGUUUCCUGAAAGGACUGGUAGAUUGACAGACUGCAGCACUGGAAGACUGGUAAAAAAUCAAAAGCCCACCCACUUUCCUCCUGAGCUACCUGGAGUACAUGUAUUUAUACACCAAAUGAACUAAAUAAUCUGAGUUCUAAAACAAAAAUAGGGAAAUAGCUCCUACAUUGAUGUAUAACACUUUCAUAACUGGUUAUAAUGGUUAUUAUCUGUAUCAGAUUGUGUGUGCGCGUGUAUUAUGCAUCUUAUUUAAUCUGUAAAAUACUAUUAUUGCUUUUCAUUUAAUAAAAAAGGC